CCUACAAACGCUAUGUAUUGCAUAAACGUUUGUACUUCACACUGGUAUUCGGUUGCUGAAUUACUCCUCCUCGCGAGCGUCAGCGACCACAAAACGCGUACGGCCAUUAAUGCCCGAGCUCUGAUAGCGUUAGCGCGACUGCAGCAUCGUUGCCACUAGCGGCUCCACGGCCAACGAUGCGGACGUCAGCGCAGCUGUUUGAGCUUGGCAAACGCCAACUGCUUCGCACUCCACGUGCAUUCUCAGCACCGCAGGAGUCAUGCCGGACGCGCGCGCUGGGGCCAUGCUGCAGCACCGCUGCUGCUGCAUCCGUGGCCACAGCAGCAGAGCCCCAGCAGUUGGAGCAGUCUGAGAAGGCCACCGGGGCGAAGGUGGCGCAGCGCAAGCGCAUCCUGAGCGGCGUGCAGCCCACGGGUCGCCCCACGCUGGGCAACUACCUGGGCGCCAUGAAGAACUGGGUGGAGCUGCAGCAGCAGUACGACAACUUCUUCUGCGUGGUUGACCUGCACGCCAUCACGCUGCCGCACGACCCCGCGCACCUGCGAGCCGCCACUCGGGCCAUGGCGGCGACCUACAUGGCGGCGGGGAUUGACCCGGACAAGUCCACCAUCUUCAUCCAGAGCCACGUGCCCGCCCACUCCGAGCUGGCCUGGCUGCUGUCCUGCUGUACCCCGGUGGGCUGGCUGGGGCGCAUGAUCCAGUACAAGGAGAAGGCGCGCAAGCAGGGCGAGGACGUGCGCACCGGGCUGAUGACCUACCCCGUGCUCAUGGCGGCAGACAUCCUGCUGUACCAGGCCGACCUGGUUCCGGUGGGUGAGGACCAGAAGCAGCACCUGGAGCUGACACGGGACAUCGCGGACAAGGUCAACAACGACUUCGGGGGGAAGCCCUGGAAGAAGCGCGGCGGGCGGGGCGGGCGGGUGUUCAAGGUGCCAGAGGUCUUCAUUCCGCCCGCUGGGGCUCGCAUCAUGUCACUGCUGGACGGCACUGCCAAGAUGAGCAAGAGCGCCGACAACGACAACAGCCGCAUCAACCUCACCGACACGCCCGACAUGAUAGCAGCCAAGAUCAAGCGCUGCAAGACCGACACCGCCGAGGGUCUGGAGUGGGGCAACCCCGACCGCCCCGAGGCGACCAACCUGCUCACCAUCUACAGCCUGUGCACCGGGAAGAGCAAGGAUGAGGUGUUGUCGGAGUGCGGCUCCAUGCGGUGGAGCGCCUUCAAGCCGCUGCUGGCGGAGGCGGUGGUGGAGCACCUGAGGCCCAUGCAGACCAAGUAUGCGGAGCUCAUGUCAGACCAAACGUACGUUGAGGAUGUGUUGGCGAGGGGCGCGGAGACAGCUUCUGCGACGGCCGAGCGGACGCUCGCGGAUGUGCGGGAUGCGAUGGGCUUUAUGCCACCCUUCCGCCGGCGAGCAUAACGAGGCGAUGGCAAGCGAGCUUGGGGUUGGGGCGCGAUGACUAGAGGAGGGGCUUUCGGGGCAUUUACGCACACAGCCACAGAUGCGAUUGCGUGUUGUGAUUUGCUUAUGUCAUCAAAUGCAUUUGUUAAGAGCUGCAAGGGGUCACGAGCUGGAGUACUAGGGCUCAAUGGCAGCGUGGUACAGAAGCAGACAAAAGUUCGACUAUGAUAGAGCUUUAAAGCACACAUGGAUCUCUAUGAAGUGACGGCCUUUUUUACUAGUUUGUCGUCAAGCUCCCUGCGCUCGGCUUCGACAAGGCGUUUCUAGCGUGAUUAUAACAUUAGCUUUACAGGUGUGUCCCUGCUUUAAUUAAGAGCCUCAAUGAAAGGAAGUUGCGCGGGUGUGAGUUGCACGGAUGAGAGGACGUAGCACAGCGGCCUUCCGGCCUCGACCGUUGGCCAAUAACCGUCCGGCUUCUCGGGCAGUAUAUAGGUCCUUAGAUGUCGAAAACGUGUAUCACACUUCUUCAGCUUAACAUUGCAAUCUUUUCUUUACAGUUUUGUAACCAUGUCGACCAUUGCUGCGCUUUCUUCUCCUGCCACUGCUGGCCCCAAGGCUGGCACGGCUCCUCGCCUGAGCUUUGGUGCACCUGCCAUGCGGCACUACCGUCGGUCGACCACCAACAAAGCGCCCCGCAAGCGCACCUUCCUAGUGGUUAUGACCAAAUUCAAUGCCGAUUUGGUGGCACCCAUCGGGAUGUCCUGCCCUAAUGCCAGCGGCUCGACGAUGCUGGCCUUUGGAAGCUGUUCUGGCACCGAGCAGAGCAAUGCUGGAGGGGAUGCUGGCGAUAACAACGGUGGCCGCAACAAGAACAACGGCCGCGGCAACAAUGGUGACAACAACGGGGGAAACGGCUUUAGCGGUGAUGCUUCUCGCUUCCCGUCUCAGCUCGUCAAUGCCUUCUUGGGCGCCAUCGUCCUCACCGCCGCGGUCGCUUUGCUCCCGGCUGCAAGCCAGGCUGCAUCAAAGUCCCUGCCUGCAUCCCCUUCCAACAGCUUCCUGGGUGGUUCGCCUUUUGGCUCCUCCACUUCCACCUCCAGCUCUCCUCUGCGCCCUCGCUCCAAGGUGAUGCACGUGGCCUGCAAGGGAAGCACGCUGGUGGUGCCGCUGACGGCAGGCGAUAAGUUUUCCUGCCCGGCUGUCCCCCUGCGCGGCCGCAUCCUGGACGCGCCCAUCGAGCUGUCGGAGCGGGAGGCGGCCAUCAUUCGGGAGCGGCAGUACCGGGUGCGGGAGAGCAUGAGGGUGUAGGCGGAGGUUGGAGUGUGAAAGGGAGGGGCUGGAGGGGAGGGGCAGGAGAGCGGAUUAUGUUGUCAAGAAGCACGGCGUGGGCGGCAUGGAGUGCAGCUGUUGCGAUGAUGAACAACGAGCUGAGGAGGGCAGGAAGCAGUGAGAUGCUUUCUGGCAUUGCAGGUUGCGCCUCAGGGGCUGGUGGCGAGAGAAUUGAGCUUUUGGGCCAUAUUGGCAUCUUAUAUAUUACUUAAGAAGCAGCAACUGGCGCGUUGCUUACUUGACACGCGUACGGCAAAAAAGGUAUCGGAGUUUAGGGAUAUGAAUAAGCUAUUGUCGUUGACAACAGUUGACUUUUGGUGCAUCCCUCGGUGCUCGUGUUUCAUUGUUUGCAUCUGGUUGGGGCGGCGCUGCUGUGCGGGUUGCUCGCUUCUAAGCAGCGUAGGAGGGAUUGAGUCGUGGAUUGAGUUGUGGGGCUGACGGCCGCAUCGGAAAGCGGUUGGCGCAGUUGCAACUGGAGGGAUUCUUUUCUAGGCGUCCGCCAUGCAUUAUUAUUUCUCUAAACAGAUGGCGUGCCGUUGUAUUUUGGGAGGAGGGUUUUGCCUUUCACGCAACAGCAUGUGCUGCACGUCCCGUAUUAGCAGGUGUAGCAGGUGAUUCCAUUGUGCUGCUAAUCUAUGCACGCGCGCUUUGCUUUAAGGCAAAGGCAGAACUUGGGUUUUGCGGGCGACGUUUGAUCUUUGGGGCUGUUACCGGUAUGCCUCUUAGCCUGGAAGGCGAUGGCAGCAACAACGCCUACGACGAUGUGCAUAUGCGUUACAAUUCUGUAACCACAUACGGUCAUCA